AGGAGCCACGGAUGCCUCAGGUUUCAAAGGGGCCGCAAUCCAGGGAGGAUCACGCAGCGAGAACCCGGGAGAGUCGCUCAGUUAGGCGCCCAGCGAGGAGCUGAGUUGCGGCGGGAAGUGGGAGCCGGAGAGAGGAUGCGGCGGUAGGGGCGGGGCGGAGCCGAGGAGCCGGCCCAGGGGCGUGGCCUGGGCGUGGCCGGAGGUGGGAUCUCGGGUGGGCGGGGCCUCGGGGCUCCCGAGAGGCCGCACUUAAGCACCCCUGGACCCACAGCUCAGGUGAGACGGGACUGCGCUGUCUUUUCCGGGGCGCUAGGCGGUGACAAGAGUGGGGCAGGGAAUGUGGCACCGGUACUCCCCAGCAGCUCAGAACUUCUCUCCCAACUUGGACUGCAGGGCUCAGGAGGGGCACGAGCAUGGAGCGGCUUUGGGGUCUACUCCAGAGAGCGGUAAGAUAGCGUGGGGCUGGGGGAACCUUAGGCCUUCUCUCCAGGUCCUCAGUCCCCUCCCAAACCCCAAGGCGGGCCCCUCCCCUUCCCUACCUCCUACUCUCCCCCCCAGCCUGCUUCUUGGGGCCCUCUCCCCUGCCUUGUGCCCAUGGCACCCCGAAGUCACUGACCCUGUUAUCGCCAGAUUCCUCCCCAUCCUCCAGGCCUCUUUCCCCGAUUUCAUGUCCACCACGCCCCUACAGCAAAGGUUGUCCCCAGGACCCUCUCAGACCAUCUACAAGCGUGUGGAGGGCACCCAGCAGGGGCCCCUGGAGGAGGAAGAGGAAGACAGGGAGGAGGGGACCGAGCCACCGGCCCACUUCUUCCCCAUGGAGCUGAGGGGCCCCGAGCCCCUGGGCUCUCGACCAGCUCGGCAAAACCCCAGACUCUGGGCAGCAGCAGGACGAAGAGCCACCCCCUACCUGGUCCUGACAGCCCUACUGAUCUUCACUGGGGCCUUCCUCCUGGGCUACGUGGUCUUCCGGGGGUCCUGCCAGGCAUGUGGGGAUGACGUGAUGGUGGUCAGCGAGGACAUGAACCAUGAGCUGGGCCCGGACUCCCACCAGGGCACAUUGUACUGGAGCGACCUCCAGGCCAUGUUUCUGCGGCACCUGGGGGAGGGGCGUCUGGAAGAUACCAUCAGGCAAACCAGCCUUCGGGAAAGGGUAGCCGGCUCGGCCGGGAUGGCAGCCCUGGUUCAGGACCUCCGCGCGGUGCUCUUGAGCCAGAAGCUGGACCACGUGUGGAUGGACACGCACUACGUGGGGCUGCAGUUCCCGGACCCGGCUCACCCCAACGCCCUGCACUGGGUGGAUGCCGCCGGGAAGCAUGGGGAGCAGCUGCCACUGGAGGACCCGGACGUUUACUGCCCCUACAGCGCCACGGGCAACGCCACGGGAGAGCUGGUGUACGCCCACUACGGGCGGCCGGAGGACCUGCAGGACCUGCGGGCCCGGGGCGUGGAGCCGAAGGGGCGCCUCCUGCUGGUGCGCUUGGGGGUGAUCAACUUUGCCCAGAAGGUGGCCAGUGCCCAGGACUUUGGGGCCCAAGGAGUGCUCAUAUACCCGGACCCGGCAGACUUCUCCCAGGGCCCACACAAGCUUAGCCUGUCCAGCCACCGGGCUGUGUAUGGACAUGUGCACCUGGGAACGGGCGAUCCCUACACACCUGGCUUCCCUUCCUUCAAUCAAACCCAGUUCCCUCCGGUCCAGUCCUCGGGCCUCCCCAGCAUCCCAGCGCAGCCCAUCAGCGCGGACACUGCCUCCCUCCUACUGAGGAAGCUUGAAGGCCCUGUGGCCCCCCAGGAAUGGCAGGGGCACCUCCCAGUCUCCCCUUAUCGCCUGGGCCCUGGGCCAGGCCUGCACCUAGGGGUCAACAACCACAGGGCCUCCACCCCCAUCAGCAACAUCUUUGGCUGCAUCGAGGGCCGCUCAGAGCCAGAGGGAUGCAUGGGGCCCAGGAGCAGCCAGGUCCGCCGUGGGGACCGCCAUACUGCUGGAGCUGGUGCGGACCUUUUCCUCCAUGGCUUCCGGCCCCGCAGAAGUCUUCUCUUCAUCAGCUGGGAUGGUGGUGACUUUGGGAGUGUGGGCUCCAUGGAGUGGCUGGAGGGCUACCUCAGCGUGCUGCACCUCAAAGCCGUAGUCUAUGUGAGCCUGGACAAUGCAGUGCUGGGGGAUGACAAGUUCCACGCCAAGACCAGCCCCCUUCUGAUCAGCCUCAUCGAGAACAUCCUAAAGCAGGUGGACUCUCCUAACCGCAGUGGGCAGACACUCUUCGAGCAGGUAGUGUUCAACAAUCACAGCUGGGAAGCUGAGGUGAUCCGCCCGCUGCCCAUGGACAGCAGUGCCUAUUCCUUCACGGCCUUUGCGGGGGUCCCUGCCGUUGAGUUCUCCUUCAUAGAGGAUGGCCCGAUGUACCCGUUCCUGCACACGAAGGACGACACCUAUGAGAACCUGCACAGGGUACUGCGGGGCCGCCUGCCUGCCGUGGCCCAGGCUGUGGCCCAGCUCGCCGGGCAGCUCCUCAUCCGGCUCAGCCACGAUCACCUCCUGCCCCUCGACUUCGGCCGCUAUGGGGAUGUGGUCCUCAGGCACAUCGGCAGCCUCAAUGAGUUCUCUGGGGACCUCAAGGCCCGCGGGCUGACCCUCCAGUGGGUGUACUCGGCGCGGGGGGACUACAUCCGGGCGGCCGAGAAGCUGCGGAAGGAGAUCUACAGCUCGGAGGAGAGCGACGAGAGACUGACGCGCAUGUACAACGUGCGCAUUAUGCGGGUGGAGUUCUACUUCCUGUCCCAGUACGUGUCGGCGGCCGACUCACCGUUCCGCCACAUCUUCCUGGGUCGCGGAGACCACACGCUGGGUGCCCUGGUGGACCACGUGCGGCUGCUGCGCUCGAGUGGCCCUGGGGCCCUUGGGGAGGAGGCCCAGGUGGCGCGGGGCCUGGGCUUCCAGGAGAGCCGCUUCCGGCGCCAGCUGGCCCUGCUCACCUGGACGCUGCAGGGGGCAGCCAACGCGCUGAGCGGGGACGUCUGGAACAUCGAUAACAACUUCUGAGGCCCGUGGUAUGGUGGGGUCACGGCACAUGCCCCUGACCCCUGCCGAGAGCGCCUGCUCUCCCUUCGAGUGAUUUCUGGGUGACCGAGAUGCCUGUGCACCACCUCCCAUUGCUGACUCAUUUUUAGCCCUUACCGUACCUCCAAGGGCCCCAGCAAUGACGCCAGCGCAGACCCCCACACACCCCAGGCCCUGCAACGUAGGAGUAGGUGAGCAGUGCCUUCCAUAAUGGGAUGGUCAUACUGUCAGCUAAUCAGGGAGCAGCAUCUGCUCUCUCAAUCACAGCCCCUUCCUCUUCAGGAGCAGGGUCCCCCAUCUACAGCUAGAGACCACUCUGGAAGGUUUCCUGGGACCUGGCCAGCCUUCUUGGUGGGAAAGAUCUGCUGCGACCAUAACUUUAUGGCCAAUCCAUGUCGUGCAGUGGGAGGGGCUGGGGUUUGAACCUCAAUAAACCACCUGUGGCAUCUGU